ACCCUAAAAUAGAAAACUCUGUUUAGUUGUGAAACAUUUUCGUCACACUGACGCUCUCAUAGUUACACAGAUGAUGAACCAACGAAUCGACCAUAUCAAACGUUAAAAUUCUCGAUCAUACCACACUCUCUUCAGAUGCCUAAAUCACAUCGAUUCUUCUAAACAAUUACAACAACUUGUUUUCAGUUUUCUCAUCAACCGAACGGUGGGUCUUCUUUUGAGUUUGAGAAUGGUGUCGUUGUCAAAUGGUGGUUUACCUGAUGGGAAUCCGAACAAGCGGCCGAUACCCGCCGGUGGUGGUUCAUCUUCUGGUGUUGUUUUGCCCAAGUAUAAGCCUAGGAGAGUUUCAUGUGUUCGUGAUUUUCCGCCAAUGUGUGGACCGAAUGCUCCUGGGAUCAAUUUGAGGCCUCGGGAGACGGGGGUGGCAUUGGUUAGUGAUGAGAAAAUUUCUGUGGGCGGUGAAAGUAAGGUUGGUGUUGUAGAGACGUAUUGUGAUAAAACUGCUGAGGUUGGGGAUAGGUCCGAGUCUCAUGAAUUAGUAAAAAGUCUGGUAAAGUUGGAAACGCUUGAAUCGGUGGAUGAUUUGGUGGGGAAGGUGGUUUCUGCAGAUGGGAUGGUUCAUGGGGAUGAUAAAUUGUCGCCAAAGGUGGACUCUUUAAGAACUGGAUUGGAGAAAGACUCAGAAGAUCCAUCAGAAGUGUCGAAAGAGUCGCAUGAGGUGCAGGUUCAAAUUAAGGUGGAAAAUGUAGGUGCACUGGAAAACGAACCUGCAUUGGAAAUUGGUGCUCCAGCUGAUGGGGUUGUCCCAGUGGGUAGUGCAAAAUUGCGGUCUGCACCGAAGUGGUCAGAGGCUGCUGUCCUGAAAGCUAAAUAUCGCCCAAGAAGAGUUUCAGCUACCCGUGACUUUCCUGCAUUUUGUGGAAUAAAUGCUCCGGCACCAACUGAGGAAGAGCGCAGUAGGAUUCUCUCUGCGAACAGGAGUUUGGGUGCAGAGAAGACUGGUGUUGAAGAUGGGCCAUCGAGUGAGACAGCGAGAACUGCUGUAGAAGAUGGACCACCAGUGGAAACAAUGAGGACUAGUCUUGAAGAAGCGGAAAGGAAUGUUCAGGACAGAAAUGCCCAGAAGAAGGAAUUGAAAGGAAUUGCAUCUGAACACAGGAACAAGUCCGAGACAGUAAAUAGGCCAUCAAGAGAGACAGUGAGGACUGCUGUGGAAGACGGGCCGCCGAUAGAAACAAUGAGGGCUAGUCUGGAAGAAGGGGAGAGGAAUGUCCAGGACAGAAAUGCCCAGAAGAAGGAAUUGAAAGGAAUUGAUCCAAGGAACAAGUCCCAGACAGUAAAUAGGCCAUCAAGAGAGGCAGUGAGGACUGCUGUGGAAGACAGGCCACCAGCAGAAACAAUGGGGUCUAGUCUGGAAGAAGCGGAAAGGAAUGUCCAGAACAGAAAUGCCCAGAAGAAGGAAUUGAAAGGAAUUGUGUCUGAACCAAGGAACGAGUCCCAGACAGUAAAUGAAGAGAGUAAAGCUGAUGUCAGAGGAUCAACUGGAAAAGGGGGUCUGGAGAUGGUUGUUUACUCGCAUGAUAGAAGUCUUAAGAGAAUGCCUUUGGGUGAUCCUGUUGGUUUGGGAUAUGAUGCGGACAGGGUAAUUGUGCAAUGUCUGAUGGCUGCACCAAAUUGUCCAUGGAGGCAGGGGAGAGGGGCUUCAAAAAUUAGUUCAGCUGAAGGUGUGAGUGAAAGCAAGGAAAAGAAACAUGAUUUCACCCCACGAGAGAAGUCUAAACGUGUUUCCAGGACAAAAAAUCACAAAGCAGAUUAUUCGGGAGAAAAAUCUAUGGAGGAGGAAUCAUUAUCUGCUGGAAAGAUGGAUUUUGAAGGAAUAGAGAGUGAAAGCAAGGAAAAGAAACAUGAUUUCACCCCACGAGAGAAGUCUAAAGGUGUUUCCAGGAAAAAAAAUCACAAAGCAGAUUAUUUGGGAGAAAAAUCUAUGAAGGAGGAAUCAGUAUCUGCUGGAAAGACGGCUUUUGAAGGAAUAGAUGUACCAAUAGAUGAGGAUGAGGAGGAUUCUGUUGCUCAUGACGAGGAGCUGCAUAAAAGCUCUCCUGCAGGUAAGAGACUACAUACUUUUGAUGUGAGCUUGCCUCCUUUUGGUCCCAAUAGUUCAAGUUAUGGUGAUGCUCGUAACAAAGUCAGGGAAACGCUACGUCUGUUCCAAGCCAUUUGUAGAAAGCUCUUGCAAGGAGAAGAAGCAAAGUUGAGGCAAGGAGGAUAUACAAAGUUGAGGCAAGGAGGAGAUACAAAGUCGAAGCAGAAAGGACCUACAAGGAUUGAUCUUGAGGCAGCAAAGAUUGUCAGAGACAAGGGAAAAGAAGUUAACACAGGCAAACAAAUUUUGGGACCAGUCCCGGGAGUUGAAGUAGGUGAUGAAUUUCAGUACAGGGUGGAACUUGCUCUUAUUGGCGUUCAUCGCCUGUACCAGGCUGGUAUAGAUUACAUAAAACAGGGUAAAGAUAUUAUUGCGACUAGUAUUGUUGCUUCAGGGGGUUACGCUGAUGACCUUGACAAUGCUGAUGUUUUAAUAUACUCUGGUCAAGGAGGAAAUCCAAGUGGCCCAGAUAAGAAGGCUGAAGACCAGAAGCUUGAAAGAGGAAACUUGGCUUUAAAGAAUAGUAUUUCAUCACAGAAUCCUGUACGAGUGAUCCGUGGAUUCAAAGAGACAAAGGCCUCUAACUCUGAUGCAAGAGCUAAGAUAGUUGCAACAUACACUUAUGAUGGCCUGUACACCGUACAGAGGUACUGGCAGGAACCUGGACAGCAUGGUAAACUGGUUUUUAAGUUUGUGUUACAUAGAAAUCCAGGCCAACCAGAGCUUGCUUGGAAAGAAGUGAAAAAGUCUAAAAAGUUUAAAAUACGGGAAGGUCUUUGUGUUGAUGAUAUAUCAGAAGGGAAAGAGCUCUUUCCUAUUUGUGCUGUGAACCCAAUUGACAAUGAGAAACCCCCGCCAUUCAAUUACAUAGAACAGAUGAUUUAUCCUGUUUGGUACCGGCCUAUUCCACCUAAAGGUUGUGACUGUAUUGAUGGGUGCUCAGAUUCUAAGAAAUGUUCAUGUGUAGUCAAGAAUGGGGGAGAGAUUCCGUACAAUCAUAAUGGCGCUAUCGUGGAAGUGAAGCCCCUUGUUUAUGAGUGUGGUCCUUCUUGCAAAUGCCCUCCUUCUUGCUAUAAUAGAGUUAGCCAGAACGGUAUCAAAAUUCAGCUUGAGAUCUUCAAAACAUUGUCAAGGGGCUGGGGUGUUAGAUCCCUAACUUCUAUUUCAUCUGGAAGUUUUAUAUGCGAGUAUGUAGGAGAGCUUCUUGAAGACAAAGAAGCUGAACAGAGAACUGGUAAUGAUGAGUAUCUGUUUGAUAUCGGGCAAAACUACAGUGACUGUUCUCUUGGUGAUGGACUUCGUACUCUCAAGCCUGAUGCACAGUCAGGUUCUAGUGUGGUUAUGGAGGAGGGUGGCUACACCAUUGAUGCAGCACAAUAUGGAAAUAUUGGGAGGUUCAUCAAUCAUAGUUGUUCCCCUAACCUUUAUGCUCAGAAUGUCAUUUAUGAUCAUGAUGACACGAGAAUGCCCCACAUAAUGUUCUUUGCAGCAGAGAAUAUUCCUCCCUUACAGGAGCUGACUUAUCAUUAUAAUUAUUCAAUAGAUCAGGUUCAUGAUUCCAAUGGAAAUAUCAAGAUAAAGAGGUGCUAUUGUGGUUCAACGGAGUGUACUGGAAGGAUGUAUUGAGGCAUACUGUGGAAAAAGUUUCAAUACUCAAAAAAGCAGGGAUACCUUGUUUUCACUGAAUUUUGCCCCUAACUUCUUAACUUUGAUCAGCCUUUGGUUCUUGUUUGGACGACUAUGCUAUAAUUUAUGGAAGCAAAAAAAAGAAGUUGAAAAACCGGUUUAAGAGAAGUAUUUUUACUGGGACAGAUUCUGAGGAAGUGGUAGAUUGGACGGCUACUGCAGAGCACUGUUCUGAUGUUGAUCAUUUGCAGCACAAAGUAACAUUUGGUUGUAAGUUCUACCUUAGAAGAGUUUAGCUUUUACGAACGAGGUGGACAACUGCCGUCCUGUCGUGGUCAGAUAACCACAUUUUUUAAUUUAUUAAAAAAUGAACUAUCUAUUGUACAUGUCACUUGAUCAGUGAUUUGGGAUAGAAAUCUCAAAAUACUUCGUAAUUUGGCAAAUCCUUUGAACUCUAUUAGAGCUGUUGGAAUUUUUGACCCCGCUGUUCUUGUAAAUUCUGUUUUUUUGGUUUUCCCUUCAAAAAAAAAAAGUAGAAAACCUGAAACAAAGGAAUUUCUGUGCUGGCCUUCCCUUCUUUUUUUUUUUUUUUUGGUUCUCUCCUCUCCUGCCAGUGAAUGAUCUAGCAGUGUUGAGAAUUUGUGCGUAUGAAUCUCUUUGGCAUAAUGCACAGCUGGUUAUUUGUAAGUGUUUUUGCAUUGCAAUCUUUAUGUCCUUUAGCAGCAAGGAAAUGUUCUUUGUGUGUGUGUCUGCGCGUGCGCGCGCGGAACUGUUAGUUUAUUCAAUGGGAGAAUGGGAUAUUAUAUCUUUUUGCAUUCA